AUGCACAGGAUGGGGAUGCGAACACCUCAGAGUUUACUUUUGGACAAUUUAGUCCAAAAAUCAUUACUGCCAUUAAAAAUGACACAAACAUCAGCAUUACUUAUUGUUCUCGCAGCUUUUAUAUGUGUUCAAUGUCAAGAUACGAAUGUUAUUGAUAUUCACAACAGCGGUUCAACAAACACAGCCGGUUAUGAUAUAAAAAUUGAACGAAAUGGCCGUACAUCUUAUCAAGUUUUUCGCCGUCGUCCACAAAUAGGCGAAGAUCAAUCAGGCAACAAGGAUAACGGAAAUACAACACUGACAUCUGGAUUAACAGAAAAUUUAUUUCAACAAAUUGAAAAAACAAUGCCAUUUAAUCAAUAUCCAGUUAAACAUUGCAUAAAGAGUGUUUCAUUUGGAUAUUCACUUGUUGUGAAAUACAAUGGCCAAACGACACCCGACUUAUCAUGUCCAACUGAUCAUGAAAAUUUAUCGGUUUUAAACAAGAUGGUACGAGAUAUCGUUACCGUAUUGGGUAUUAAAACAAUAGGUUAA